CCUCCCUUCCUGGGUCACAUGCUAGUCGAGCCAGAUCAGCUGACAUCACCCAGCUUCUCUUUUUGAUUCUCUUCUUCCUCCAUCGACUGAUAGCGCUUCGUAAAACUGCAUUAUAUCGCUACCUGGGCUGUACUGGCAUCAGAUUUGAAAUUUGGGCCAAGUAGAUCUCGCUGAUCCAGCAGGUUAACCCGGUGGGUAGAUGCUACUAGAGUGGAUGAUGAACGGACACGCCAUUCUUUACACGGGGGUCACUUUGGCCUUCUGGAGCACCAUACUAAUCGUUGGGAUCUGCUACACUAUAUUUGACCUGGGAUUCCGCUUUGAUGUGGCAUGGUUCCUGACAGAGACUUCUCCUUUCAUGUGGGCCAAUCUGGGCAUUGGUUUGGCCAUCUCGUUGUCUGUGGUGGGAGCUGCCUGGGGGAUCUACGUCACUGGCUCUAGCAUUAUUGGUGGUGGCGUCAAGGCUCCACGAAUCAAAACCAAAAAUUUGGUCAGCAUUAUCUUCUGUGAAGCUGUUGCAAUCUAUGGAAUCAUCAUGGCUAUUGUCAUCAGCAAUAUGGCCGAGAACUUCAGUGGAACGACUCCUGAGACUAUUGGGGCACGAAACUACCAAGCUGGUUACUCCAUGUUUGGAGCUGGUCUGACUGUGGGCUUUUCCAACCUCUUCUGUGGCAUCUGUGUCGGCAUCGUGGGCAGCGGAGCCGCUUUGGCAGAUGCCCAGAACGCCAGCCUCUUUGUGAAGAUCCUAAUUGUGGAAAUCUUUGGAAGUGCCAUCGGCCUGUUUGGUGUCAUUGUAGCUAUUCUGCAGACGUCGAAAGUAAAGAUGGGUGACUAGAAUGUGCAUUCAAACGCUGAGAAGACAGACGCACUGCUGGAACAAAACAAAAAAGAUCGAUUAUUGUGUAAAUACAUCGUAAAUUAUUUAAAUGUCUCUAUUUGCCUGGUAUUUUUUUAACUAACAUCCAUACAAGAGUUGGUACAUCCAUGCCCUGCUCUUAAUUCUUAAGGGAAGAAGGAAAGUUGAAGAAAACAGCAUAUUUUGCAUUUCAUACCUUUUUUUUUUU